AUGUCGUACGUGAACAUUUCAUCUGACAACACAACUGAUAAUUCAGGUAACGAAUCCAUCGACGAUAUCCUGUUUGAUGUAGCUGUUGGAUUUGUCGGUAUACUUGGCAUAUUGGGAAACGCAGUUGUAUGUGUCGUAUUUUUGAAGGUGAAAUCGCUAAGAACUAUGACAAAUAUGUUUAUAUUGAACCAAUCGUUGAUUGACCUGAGCAGCUCGCUUAUUUUUAUCCUGAGCUACCUUGGACCAACGAUGGACCCGCUUCCGAACAAUAUUACAGGAACAAUCUUUUGCAAGUUCUGGGUUUCAUUGUAUCCUCUGUGGUCGCUGUUCGAUUCAUCAUCGUUGAACCUCGUCGCUAUUACAAUCGAAAGGUAUUUCGCUAUUGUACAUCCGGUGAUGCAUUUGAAUAAGUUCACCAUGAGUGGGGUGCAUAAGACUAUGAGGCCUCAUUUGGGUGGCGGGUCUGAUAAAUGA